GCCCAGUUCAUCCUUCCAUCCCCCUCCGCUUUACUGCGUGUCUAGGUUGCUCAUCCGUGGGCUGCAGCAUGGAGACGCUUCACUGAUGCUUCUCAUCUCUCCAGUGAUCUCCUCCCCUGUUCGAUCGAGUCUUGUCGACUGAGUCUGAACCCAACGUGAUCCCGACGCCGCUAUGUUCCAGUCGUUUACGGGGAACUCCCGCCGUCCACGGCAGGUUAACCUCGGUGGCCGCAAUACGAACCCUUUCGCCGCAUAUCCCUCCGGCCGACAAAAUCCGCACGGCGCCGGCCCCCAGAAUACUCUGGCCAUUGCCCAACAAGAACGUCUCGUGAGACAGCAAGAGAGAGAGCGGUUGACCGCCAGCCGGCUCAUCCAACGGACAUGGAGGGGUUAUCGGAGCCGGAAGAUAACGCGCAGGGCGUGGCGCACGGAGUGGGAUACCACGGAGAAACAGGGCAAAGAGGAUCCCCCCUCUUUUGACGCCCUUGCUCAACAUCCAGAUGUGGUUCCGCAGAAGUCUCUCCGAUACGGAUCGGCCACGGAAUGCUUAUCACAGCUGCGCUUGCUGGUUCAAUUUCUGGAACCGUGGAACAGUGGUGAUGUUGCCCGCUUGGUAUACUUCUCGGAGGCCUUUCAGCGGACUCUGCAUGAAGUGCCUACGAUCGCGACCGAAGGGGAAUGGACCACGCCGCUGAAGCGCCUGGCAAAUCUGACCCUUCGUGUUCUACGGUCUGCAACGUCGCCAUCGGUGCCGGCUUUCGCCGUGGGGCAUCUCCUUGGAUUGCUCGUCUUUCUCACGGGCCUUAUACCGAAGCAAAUGGCACGGCUGGCCAAAGAUUAUUACUCCGUCCUGGCGAUUCUCACGAAAGACUUUGAAUCAAUAUCUCGAAGAUAUCAGGUAUCCCAGGAUAGCCUUGUCCAGAGUGUCCUUGCUUUGCUUCGACCUAUUACUUCUGAGACUCUUACGGCCUACGAGUGGUUUGCAAGAAGCUACCUAACGAUUCCCGACCUUUUGGGAUACAUAGGAAGUCUGGAUGGAUUAGCAAACAACAUCAAUUAUAAGUUGCUAACGUCCGCCUUGGGGCCGUUACGAACGCUAUUCGGAGACCACCCUGGGAGCGUCGAGGACGUGGAUGCCCGUCUUUGGCUGCUUGCUUAUUUCAUAUACUUUCACCGGUGCGCUCUGGGAAACCAGGCAGGCCGCCAGGCCCCAGAACCCGGUUUUGUCAAGGUGGUAUCAGAGCUCCUCAACUCCACCGCCGUGCAUAUAUCGCGCCGUCUAGAGUCAGAAGACUCCAGCGAGUAUGAUGACACUCCAGAACGAACACGGUUGCAUCCCUUUGUCAAGGAGCAGCUAGUCAGCCUCGUGAAUCAGAGUAGCAUCACAGGGCUUCUCUCUCAGCUACAAUCUACCCGCCUCUCCCAGGGUGACCUGGCGGAUGCCCAGUCAGAUGCGUCUAGAGAAGCGAAGAUUCUUGCUACUUAUGCCUUGACCCUUCUGAGAGUCUUUCCUCGCCGGGGAGAUGAUAUCCGGAUGUGGCUGUAUUUGGGGUCGGCUACUUCAGGCGACCAAGUCGCAGGUCAGUCGGGCUCAAGAAUCCCGGCCAUCAAGUAUUUUUGGCAAGCAUCCAAGGCGAGUAGAAUAUUCGCUGCCAUUAGUCAUGACUCAACCAAGGUGUUGCCGCUGCUGAAGCCAGCCGACAACGCGCAGGAUGCUAGGUUUCCAGGAAUAUCACAAAUGGAAAGGGAUGAAGAGUGGACAAUCAUACUGCUAUUCCUGGAACUCUACACGUUCGUUCUCAAGGUAAUGGAUGACGAGGAGUUCUUUUCUAGCGAGUCUUCUUUCACGGCGUCCUCGAACGCACGAGUUUCGUGGACCAAGGAGAGCGCUCUACCCCUGAGGGAUAUCAAGGAGAUGACAGUAUUUCUCAAAAACCUCGGCUUCACCCUGUACUGGAACUCGGCGGACCUGAGCGAAAAGGAAACCACUCAAGACACUGGAAGCAUUCGAGGUUACUUCAGUUCACUGGCCGCGCCGUCGGAUGCCAUUGCAAGCGUGAGGGACAUUGAGAUGAAGAAUAAAGAGAAAGGACUCCCCGGUGUUACGGGAAUUCCGCUGGAUUACUUCAAGGGCCUGGUUACGGGUUUGCUGAGAAUGAUCCAUGAGCGGGAUUCGAGGCGGAAAUUCCUUCCUGAUGGGCAUUGGUUGAUGACGAGCCGGUUUGACAUGGAGGGCUUCAUUCCUGCUGUUGUCGCAGAAGAGGAGAACAGACACCAGCUCCAAGACGAAGACGACAAGGAGGAACACGAUGAUCUUAUGUAUGAUGACUAUUAUGAGCCCUCCCCAGGCCUGAUCGGGACCGGCCGCGCUCAGCAGACACUUCGGAUUGAAGCACUGAGACGCCGCCAGCAACAGGCCGCUCGCAGGAAGCAGCUGGAGGCCGUGGCCCCUAGACUGGAGAUCCUCCGGAAUAUGCCCUUCUUCAUACCGUUCCCGACGCGAGUUCAGAUAUUUCGCGAAUUUAUUUAUCGCGACCAGAUACGCAGAAGGCAAGGCUUCAUCGAUCCGGAUGCCUGGCGCAUGUCUGUGGCGCAGGCCUCAAUGGGCCGCAUGAUCGAAGGUCGUCCCGCUAUGCAAGAUAUCUUGAGUCGGCACCAUGCCAACAUCCGACGCGAGAGCAUAUUCAAGGAUGCAUUCGAUGAGUUUUACGAGCUAGGAGAGGGUUUGAAAGAACCCAUCCAGAUUACGUUUAUCGACAAGUUCAAUACGCCAGAAGCUGGCAUUGAUGGCGGCGGUGUCACCAAGGAGUUCCUCACGAGCGUGACUAGCGAAGCUUUCAGAUCGACCAAUGAUUUGAACUUGUUUGAAGAAAAUGACCAACACCUGCUCUACCCAAACCCAGUUGCCGUUGAACAGCGGCGAGAGUUUCUCAGACAGCUGGGUUUCGUCGAAAAUACUGCCGAAUGGAACGAAAAUGUUCGCGAUCUGCUCAGACGCUACGAGUUUCUGGGGCGAAUCAUUGGAAAGUGUAUGUACGAGGGAAUCCUGGUCGAUGUCAACUUUGCCCCGUUUUUCUUGCUCAAAUGGGCUUUGACGGGUGGGACGGGCUCGGCGCAGCGGGAGACAGCCUACCGUGCCAACCUCAACGACCUGAAAGACCUGGAUCAGGGUCUCUACCAAGGGCUGUUGCAAUUGAAGAAUUAUACCGAAAAUGUGGAGGACUUUUCGUUGAACUUCACCAUCACCGAUACUGUCCCGCUUCCGGACGGUGGCAGUCGUACGACGACACGAGACCUGAAAAGCCAUGGGUCGGACAUACCUGUGACGAACCAGAACCGGUUGGUGUACAUCUCUUACAUUGCUCGCUACCGGCUUCAAGUCCAGCCUGCUCUGCAGACCAACGCUUUUCUCCAGGGACUGGGGCAGGUUAUCCAGCCCUCAUGGUUGUCGAUGUUCAACCAGACUGAGCUGCAAACGCUUGUGAGUGGCGAUCAAGGAGACAUCGAUGUAGCCGACCUGAGACGCAACACGCUUUAUGGCGGAGUGUACACCAUCGGUGACGAUAAAGAAGAGCACCCGACGGUCAAGUUAUUCUGGGAGGUCAUGGAGAACAUGUCAAACGCAGAAAGACAGAAGGUACUACGAUUUGUGACGUCCACGCCUCGGGCUCCCUUGUUAGGUUUCAGCCACCUCAAUCCUCGAUUCAGCAUCCGGGACUCCAGUGAGGACCAGGAAAGACUGCCUAGCACAAGCACGUGCGUGAAUCUCCUCAAGCUUCCCCGAUAUUCCAACGCCCAUACCCUCCGGGAGAAGCUCUUGUAUGCGGUCAACUCGGGAGCUGGAUUUGAUCUGAGCUGAUAUACGUGGUAAUUUUGAUGAGAUGGUCCGAAUGCCGGUCAUGCAGAUACAUGGCGUGCAUUUAUUGACUUAUGACGAAUUGCAUAGCUGAGGCGUCCUGGUGAGCAGUACGUCAUUGAUUGUUCUUGUCUCGUUUCAUUGUCUGUCAGAUUCCGAGGAUGUAUGCUAUUUCUAGUUCGAGGCCUGGGGCUGCUGACGCCUCGGGCCUUUGUUACCAGCGGGGGCAGCUUCGACCAACCGGAUAGAUAGCCAUUAUACAUACUUCUUCAGAAUGGGCUCGUUGGGUCGUGCGUCCUUUGUUGUUGAAAUACCACCGAUGCGGUGGCUGCCGUCAAGCUCCCGUUGAAUGAAAGACGAUGGAUGGG